AAAAAAGCGGUAAAAUUUAACGUCUGCCAACUCUGUGUGGUCUGGAGGCUCGCUCGCUAGGUUGUCGAGGCGUUGGGCAACCCAGAGCGAGUCUACACGUUUUCCAAGAUGGCAGACAGGGAGUUUGAGGAAUUUCGCCAGUAUUUUGAACAGUUACCCCAGCAUAUUAAGGCGCCUUCCAAUUGCUACACGCCCGAGAUGAGGGUGGCGGCGCCCCUGCAGGAGGGCAGCGUGGCGGCGCCCCUACAGAAGGGCAGCGUGACGGCGCCCCUGCAGGAGGCCUGUGUGUCGGCUCCCCGGCAGGAGGGCAGUGUGUCGGCUCCCCGGCAGGAAGGCUGCGUGGCGGCAGGGCGCGGCAAUGGCGGCGACGGCGGCGGCGGCGGGGCUGCGGCGGGAGACUGGUUGACACGGUUGGAGAUGGAGGUGGAGGAGGCGCGACCCGUGGUGGGGCAGCAGGAGGCGGUGGAUGGGCUAGGGGCGGUAGACGGGGUGGAGGAAGGGGGGGACGGGACGGGAAAGGAGGCCCAGGGUGGGGGGGACGUGUGGGGGGACGUGGUGCUCCGCCACAGCCCAGCAGACGUGUUCGUGGCGGGGGCCGUGGACCUGCAGCAGGCUGAGGGGGCGGGGCAGGCCUGGCCGUGGGCGGCUGGGUGGAUAGUGGUGGGCGUGAACCUCACAGCCUCGGAGCGCCUGCUUCCCCUGGUGGUGGGGCGCGGCGAGCUGCCCCCCCUGCCCCCAGGCGUGGCCUCGCUGCCCCUGCCCUGCGUGGCGGGCGGGAGGCGGCUGGGCGCCACGCUCAUGCAGUGGCUGGCGGGGCUGGACCGCAGGUUCCUGGCGGAGGGGCGCCGCGUGGCCCUGGUGGUGGUGCAGGGCACCCUCACCCCCCCUGCCCAGGGGCUGCGCGCCACCACUCUGGUGUCGCUCCCCCGCGCCCUCCACCCCCUGGGGGGCGGCGGCCUCGCCCUCACACUGCGGCGCCACUACGUGCAGCUGCUGCAGGACAAGGAGGGGGGAGCGGGGGGCGCCGCGCCCCUGGACGUGCUGUACGGCCUGCUGCUGGCUUGGACAGCACUCACACCCCAGCACAUCCUGCACGCUUUCAGGACCUGCGGGGCGCCCUCUGUGCCCCCCGCCGCCCCCACGCCCGCCACGCCGCCUCCCGCUCCCCCGCCAGACUUGCAGCAGGUGUGGGCGGCGCUCGCCACUCUGCGUGACCACCUCGUCGCCACACCCCACGCCCACCACGCCUUCGGCCACCUGGCGGCUGUGCAUGCCUUCUGCCGCGCCCACACCCACACCCCGCCAGACCCGCCCUGCGAGACCAGCCUGUGAGAAGGGACGGGUGACGCCGCCCACACAUCUCACACUCCGGGAUCAAAGGAGGUGAUUGGGGGGGGAGGGGUCACCAGUCGGGUCAUGGUGGCGCUAAUUAGGUCGCACCUGUGAGGCAGCGGUGCUCACCUGGCUGGCUGGACGGCGUCCUCAGGAUUGGAGGAGUGCCUGCCUGUGUCAGCCAGCCUGUGUUGCGUUCACUGUCUGCUGAACAACGCGGUAUGACAUUUGUUGAACAUUUAUGACAGAUUUACUUUAUUUACCACUGCAAGAAUGAACCUGUUUGGCAAUGACCUUUGUUUGCCUGCUGAGACCAGUGCAGCCUUUCACUUCCUCUUCAUCAUUGCAUCGCUGCUCCAGAGAGAGAGAGAGAGAGAGAGAGAGAGAGAGAGAGAGAGAAUUAAAAA